CUUUCCUGGCUUUUCCUCCUGUCGCAGGGAGAAGUGCCCCUGCCUAAGUGGAAUAAAUUGGUACAGACCAUUAGCAGCGCAAGACCUCCUCCAGCGGGGGAAAGGAGGGGGCUGUCGGCGCUGCUCUGGAUACAAAGCAGUCAGCCACGCUCUGGCUCCUUCCUCCCGCAUCCCGUUGGCCUCCUCCUCCCUGUUUGCACGCUCCCUCCCUCCCACGCUCGCUCCCUCUCUCAUUCUUUCCUUCCCUUACCGCUGCAGAGAGACAGACCUGGGGAACUGAUGGUCCACGGAGGAGGAAGGAGCUCUCCCCUGCAUUUCUUUGAGGGUGAAACGGAGAGGCAGAGAGAUACGAUGAAGGAGCGUUUUUGUUGCUGCCUGGAUUAAGAAAGAAUACAUAAAAAAUAUAUAUAAAUAAAUAAAAUCCGGACCCAACAAACAAGGAAAAAGGGAGGAGAGAAGGAGGAGGAGGUUGUUGGGGGGAGCCCACUCCAGUGGGUGAACAGCUGCUUUGAAUCGUGCCUCUGUUCCCAGGGAUUAAAGCAUGAAUGGGAGCAGCCUCCCAGCCACGAUGGAGAGAGAAGGCGGUUCAGGCUGUGGGAAUAAGGUUUCCUGCCAGAUGGGUGCCUGAGGUUCCUGCUGGAGGCCCCAACAGCAUCCCAUAGAAGUGCUCUCCUGGUCCCAGCAGCUGAGGCCCCUCCAAACCUGCUUCUGCAAUGGGUAAUGAGGAGCUGUGGGUCCAGUCAGUCUUGGAGAUGCCGAAGAGACGAGACAUCCUGGCUAUCGUGCUGAUAGUUCUGCCCUGGACACUACUAAUCACCGUCUGGCACCAGAGCACCAUUGCUCCACUGCUUGCAGUGCACAAGGAUGAUGGUGGUGACUCCCGGCGUGAUCUCGCUGCAGGCUUGGACUCCAAGGAAUACUGCUUGUCGGACCGGGACAUUGUGGAGGUGGUGAGGACAGAAUAUGUUUAUACUCGCCCACCCCCGUGGUCAGACACCCUUCCCACUAUCCACGUCAUUACACCCACCUACAGCCGGCCCGUGCAGAAAGCAGAGCUGACACGCCUGGCCAACACCCUCCUGCAUGUGCCAAACCUGCAUUGGAUCCUGGUGGAGGAUUCCCAGCGGCGCACACCCCUCAUCACCCGGCUGCUGCGGGACACAGGGCUCAACUACACCCACCUCAACGUGGAGACCCCUCGCAACUACAAGCUGCGGGGAGACAUGCGGGAUCCCCGCAUCCCUCGGGGGACCAUGCAGAGGAACCUUGCCCUGAGGUGGCUGAGAGAGACCUUUAACAAAAACAACAGCCAGCCUGGGAUUGUUUAUUUUGCUGAUGAUGACAACACCUACAGCCUGGAGCUCUUUGAGGAGAUGCGCAGCACCAGGAAGGUGUCGGUGUGGCCAGUCGCCUUCGUCGGUGGCUUGCGCUAUGAGUCCCCCAAAGUGAAUGCUGCAGGGAAGGUCUACGGCUGGAAAACUGUGUUUGAUCCCCAUCGGCCCUUUGCUAUAGACAUGGCAGGGUUUGCUGUGAACCUCAGACUGAUCCUCCAGCGAUCUCAGGCUUAUUUCAAACUACGAGGAGUGAAGGGAGGCUACCAGGAGAGCAGCCUGCUGCGAGAGCUGGUCACCCUGAACGACCUUGAGCCGAAAGCUGCCAAUUGCACUAAGAUUUUAGUCUGGCACACGAGGACGGAAAAGCCUGUGCUGGUGAAUGAGGGGAAGAAAGGAUUCACAGAUCCCAACGUGGAAAUCUGAGCGUGCACAGCUGAACGGAGACCAACACCAGAUUUCCUCAUGCACAGCCUCCAAGGUUCCUCCCCACAGCAUACAGCCAGAAAUGCAGUAGCCAGGACCUCUGCUGACUUCCAAGAGUUUUAGUGUACUGAAAGCAAGCAACACUGCAUACAUAAACUACCCGGAUCCCCCCUGCCCUUCCUCCUGGACUCUGAGCAGAACCUGAUGCUCCGGGGAUGGAAAAAAAGCACAGAAAUACAGGACUGAACUUCCCUACGAGAGCAGCUGCCCUGUGAGACGCUCGGUGUGGGAGAACUGCACGAUGCACUGAAGAUGCAGCUCGGCUGGAAGGGCAGCCCAGACUGAGCGGGCUGUAAUACGGGACCUGAGAGCAAGGGUGAGAAUGCACACAUGAGUGUGCUGGCCCCGAUGACUUGUCCUUCUCAGACACGCACCCUGCAGCUACGUGUCCAACAGCCAGAGCAGCUCCCUGCUGACAUAAGGGACAGCUGCCUCCUGAGGUGGCACCUCAGCCCUUAAUUCUAAACCUACUUUAAUCAGUGUUUAUUACGCUGCACAAGACAGGAAGGCUUUGGAGGAGAGUGAAAAGCAAGGCAGGUUAGAACAAACCCAUUUGUACAUCUGUUUCUUCUACCCCCUUCUUCUUCCCUUUAUUCAGUUCCAUGGUUUGGAGGGCACUCUGUGCUCCUGGAUGGAGUUACACGCACAGCACACAGCCCUUGAUGCUAAAAGAGCUGUGGGUGGGUUGUAAAGAGAUUGUUGCAGCCAUACACCAUAAUGCUUUGUCUGGGCUCAGAUCUUAGUUCUAUUUAGCUCUCCUUUGGUUCACGUGAACAUCAGGUGUGGGAUUCUCAGAAGGGCGCUCCUACAUAAAGCUAAAUUUCUACUCUUAAAAAAUAAACUACUUAAAACUAGGGUUUGAACA